GUAGCACAGGACAACGAUGGAGUGCAGGAGGACUGUGAGCGAGCAAAACCGGACUUUCCAGUAGCUUUAAGUUGUUUAGGCCACUCAAGAGAGCUUUGUGUGUGCGUGCAGCUAACUUGAUAAAUCACAAUUAUAGGUCAGGUUUUGAUGGAGCUUCCUGUUCCAGACCAGACGAUGUAUCCUCAAGGUUACCCGACUGAGGCAGUUCCGUUGCAGGGGGUGAGGCAUUACGGGUUCCCUGGUCAGCCUGGAGCGGUUCAGCACACCUCUGUGAACAUCAGCACGGAGCGCCCAGUCGUCGCUGAGUCCUCCCCAGAUCACAUCAUCUGGUCGCUCUGCUGCUUUGUCUACUCAAACCCUUUCUGCCUCGGACUUGCAGCUCUCAUUUACUCUAUCAAGUCCAGAGACCGGAAGCUUGUUGGAGAUCUGGAUGGUGCACGACGUUAUGGCUCCACUGCUCGAUGGCUCAACAUUGCUGCCACAAUCAUAUUUGUCACUGGGCUUCUGAUUUUUAUUAUUACAGUCACUGCUGUUACCGUUCAGGCUACUUCCUAUUACUACAAUGGUUACAGAUCUGGAUAUUAAUUACAUUACAAUUACUUUAGUGUUGCCUCCUGCUGUGACUACAUCAUACUUGUGUUUUCCUGCUUAAAAUAAAAUUUGCAGCCUUCCAAACUUUUUUAAAUGUAUCAUAUGAAAAA